GCGGGGAAUAUGGCGUCUGCAGUGUCUAUGGACUCUACAGACAAACAGUAUAUUGAUAUCAAGUUAAAAUAACGACUAAUUAAAGCCGCGGUGGAAUUGUAAAUGGACGAUAAGGAAUCUUCGGCCAUGUUUUUUUAUUGUCCUUUUUCUUGAUCUCGGAUAUAAACCCGCAACACAUGUCAGAAGAAGCCAGGUCUGCCUGGUCAAAGAGGGGUUGUGGGGACUCGCAGCGCCGAGAUCAGGGCAAACAUAAACAGAGGAAAUGUGAGCGUCCCCUCAGCCUGCUGUCAGCUAAGUUCGAGACUGGCCUCGAGGCCCCCAAAAGGUGUGUGAUGUCGGCGGGGGAGGUGGAGAUGUACCUGUCCCAGGUGCAUGAUGGGAGCGUGUCCUCAGGGUUUCGGGCGCUCUACGAGGAGAGACUCCUAUUGGACGUCACACUGCUCAUAGAUGAACACCACUUCCAGGCUCACAAAGCCCUGCUAGCGACCCAGAGUGACUACUUCCGGGUCAUGUUCACAGCAGACAUGAGAGAGAGAGACCAGGACAAGAUCCACAUGAAGGGGUUAACAGCUGCCGGCUUCGGCCACGUACUGAGGUUCAUGUACUACGGUUCACUGGAGCUCAGCAUGGUCACUGUGCAGGAGAUACUACAGGCAGCCAUGUACGUCCAGCUGACAGAGGUGGUAGAGUUCUGUUGUUCCUUCCUGCUGUCUAAGAUCUGUCUGGAGAACUGUGCUGAAGUGCUGAGGCUGCUGGAGGACUUCAGCGUGGGGGUGGAGGGUGUGCAGGAGCAGCUUGACAACUUCCUGCUGGAGAACUUUGUUCCUCUGAUGAGCAGACCUGACUUCCUGUCCUACCUCAGCCUUGAGAGACUGCAGGCGUACCUGGACAGUGAUGCCCUGAGUCGCUUCCCGGAGAUAGAGCUUUAUGAGUCUGUCCAGGCCUGGCUACGACACGACCGCCGCCGCUGGAGACACACAGACGCUGUCGUCCAGUCUCUACGCUUCUGUCUGAUGACUGCUGCUAACGUCUUUGAGAAGGUGAAGACGUCAGAGUUCUAUCGUUACUCUCGACGGCUGCGUCAGGAGGUGGACCAGGCUCUCGGCUACUUCCACGACGUCAAUGAGCAGCCGCUGGUCGAGACGCGGUCCAACCGCAUCCGCUCAGUCCGACCACAGACCGCCGUGUUCAGGGGCAUGAUCGGACACAGCAUGGUCAACAGCAAGAUCCUACUGCUGCACAAACCCAAGGUGUGGUGGGAGUUGGAAGGUCCCCAGGUCCCUCUCCGUCCAGAUUGCUUGGCCAUCGUCAACAACUUUGCCUUCCUGUUGGGUGGGGAGGAGCUAGGGCCUGAUGGGGAGUUCCACGCCUCCUCUAAAGUCUACCGUUAUGACCCCCGCCAGAACUCCUGGCUACGCAUGGCCGACAUGUCUGUACCCAGGUCAGAGUUUGCAGUGGGGGUCAUUGGUAAGUUCAUCUACGCUGUUGCUGGCCGGACGCGGGACGAGACGUUCUACUCCACGGAGCGCUAUGACAUCACGGCGGACCGCUGGGAGUUUGUGGACCCGUACCCGGUCAACAAGUACGGUCAUGAGGGCACAGUCCUAAAUGGUAAACUCUACAUCACAGGAGGAAUCACAUCCUCAUCCACUUCCAAGCAGGUGUGUGUGUUUGACCCUGGGCGAGACGCAGGGGGAGGGGUGUGUUUAGCGGGCUCGGGGGGAGCAGGAACAACGGACACACACAGGACACGCUCAGCUCGCACCCCCAUCCUCCCCAGCACACACACCAGCUGCUGGGAGAACAAGUCGAAGAUGAACUACGCUCGCUGCUUCCAUAAGAUGAUCUCCCAUAACGGGAAGCUGUACGUGUUCGGGGGUGUGUGUGUGAUCCUCCGGGCGUCAUUCGAGUCGCAGGGCUGCCCAUCCACAGAGGUCUACGACCCUGAGACAGAUGAGUGGACCAUCCUGGCGUCGAUGCCCAUCGGGCGCAGUGGGCACGGUGUGGCGGUGCUGGACAGACAGAUCAUGGUGCUGGGGGGCCUCUGCUAUAAUGGACACUACUCUGACUCCAUCCUCACUUUCGACCCAGAUGACAACAAGUGGAAGGAAGACGAGUAUCCCAGGAUGCCUUGCAAACUGGACGGGCUGCAGGUGUGCACUCUACACUUCCCUGAGUACGUCCUGGAGCAUGUCCGGCGCUGCAGCUGAGGCUCCAGACGGCAGAUGUGGGCCGGGCGGUGGAGGAUAGGUGUUUACAGGUGUGACACUAACGCUCUAACUACACAGAAGCUUCUCAACUAGAGACACAGAAUGGACUAAGCAGUCUCAAAAACCCGAUCCUAGGCAACACCAUGACUAUGGUCUGGUUUUAAUGAUGGAUGCUUUUGGCAUAGUGGAACUACGUCACUGCCUACGGGCCAACUACGUCAUUGCCUGCAGGCAAAACCUUUGCAGUGGUUUUACUUAGUUAAGUGUAAAUCCAUUUGAAUUCCAUCACUUCUUGACAGCAUCCCUUUUGAUUUGAACGAAACCUUCCAUAUACAUUUGCAUAUCUUAUAAGCGUUCAGAAAGUGAUUUUGGACCUGAAUUUCAAAACAUUCGAGAUAAUUGUGCUCAAAGUUAACCCAUUUUGCAUAUGUGCAGUUGAAGUUGGAAGUUUACAUACACCUUAGCCAAGUACAUUUAAACUCUGUUUUUUAAAUUUAUUUUUUCACAAUUCCUGACAUUUAAUCCAAGUUAAAAUUCCCUGUUUUAGGUCAGUUAGGAUCACCACUUUAUUUUAAGAAUGUGAAAUGUCAGAAAAGUAGUACAGUGAUAUAUUUAAGCUUUUAUUUCUUUCAUCACAUUCCCAGUGGGUCAGAAGUUUACAUACCCUCAAUUAGUAUUUGGUAACAUUGUCUUUAAAUUGUUUAACUUGGGUCAACCCUAACCCUAACCCUAACCCACAAGCUUCCCACAAUAAGUUGUAUGAAUUUUGGCCCAUUCCUCCUGACAGAGCUGGUGUAACUGAGUCAGGUUUGUAGGCCUCCUUGCUCGCACACGCUUUUUCAGUUCUGCCCACAAAUUUUCUAUGGGAUUGAGGUCAAGGCUUUGUGAUGGCCACUCCAAUACCUUGACUUUGUUGUUCUUAAGCCAUUUUGCCACAACUUUUGGAAGUAUGCUUGGGGUCAUUGUCCAUUUGGGAGACCUAUUUGCGACCAAGCUUUAACCUCCUGACUGAUGUCUUGAGAUGUUGCUUCAAUAUAUCCACAUAAUUUUCCUCCCUCAUGAUGCAAUCUAUUUUGUGAAGUGCACCAGUCCCUCCUGCAGAAAAGCACCCCCACAACAUGAUGCUGCCACCCCCGUGCUUCACGGUUGGGAUGGUGUUCUUUGGCUUGCAAGCCUCCCCCUUUCCCUCCAAACAUAACGAUGGUCAUUAUGGCCAAACAGUUCUAUUUUUGUUUCAUCAGACCAGAGGACAUUUCUCCAAAAAGUGCGAUCUUUGUCUCCAUGUGCAGUUUCAAACUGUAGUCUUGCUUUUUUAUGGUGGUUUUGGAGCAGUGGCUUCCUCCUUGCUGAGCGGCAUUUCAGGUUAUAUGGAUAUAGGACUCGUUUUACUGUGGAUAUACUUUUGUACCUGUUUCCUCCAGCAUCUUCACAAGGUCCUUUGCUGUUGUUCUGGGAUUGAUUUUCACUUUUUGCACCAAAGUACGUUCAUAUCUAGGAGACAGAACCCGUCUCAUUCCUGAGCGGUAUGAUGGCUACGUGGUCCCAUGGUGUUUAUACUUGCAUAUUAUUGUUUGUAUAGAUGAAUGUGGUACCUUCAAGCGGUUGGAAAUUGCUCCCAAGGAUGAACCAGACUUGUGGAGGUCUACAAUUUAUUUUCUGAGGUCUUGGCUGAUUUCUUUUGAUUUUCCCAUGAUGUCAAGUAAAGAGGCACUGAGUUUGAAGGUAGGCCUUGACAUACGUACACAGGUACACUUCCAAUUGACUCAGGCUAAUUGACAGCAUUUAUCAGAAGCUUCUUAAGUAAGCCAUGAUGUAAUUUUCGGGAAUUUUCCAAGCUGUUUAAAGGCACAGUCAACUUAGUGUAUGUCAUCUUCUGACCCACUGGAAUUGUGAUACAGUUAAUUAUAAGUGAAAUAAUCUGUCUGUAAACAGUUGUUGGAAAAAUUACUUGUGUCAUGCACAAAGUAGAUGUCCUAUCUGACUUGGCAAAACUAUAGUUUGUUAACAAGACAUUUGUGAAGUGGUUGAAAAACAAGUUUUAUUGACUCCAACCUAAUUGUAUGUAGACUUUCAACUUCAACUGUACCUCACCAUACCAUGAGACACCCAUAUCAUCUUCAUCACUGGAAAAGAUAACUAUUGAGAUGUAUAUAAUUUAAAGGCUUACAAACAGGGUUGUCAAGCUAUUUGAUCAUUUCUGGGGGUAAUAACUUUUCUCAAUUUUAACAAAUGAUCUAAAAACACGUACACUCCUAGUCAUAUGUUUUAGCUUCGACCCUAUUUGACAUCCUCUAAGGCUUUGUGACCGCCAUCUGUUGAGAACAUGCUCUUGAAUGCAGAUUGAGUGUCACGUUUGGGCCUAUAAAAGUACUAAAAUGAGGAAAAAAAUUGAAAUGUCAACUUUUGAAUGGUACCACAAAGAUGUCCACAUGUUGAUUUGAAUUGGAAUAUCUGUAAAAGUUAUACUGUCAAUCAUCCAUAGAAAACCUGUUUAAAUCAUAGAAAUAUGGAUAAUAAAAUAGAUUUGACCAUUUUAAGUUGACAUUCGAUGGUGGGUAGACGGGCUAGUAAUUUAGAAGUAAAAAUGUUUCAAUUUCAAUGGUGUACCAUCUAAAUUGCAGUGGCCUGUAGGGAUAGGUCCAUUCUAUGAUUGAAAUGACACCCACCCUUUAUUUAAGAGCAUGCGGUUUAUCAACCGACGGUGGGCACGACACAACAACAUCAUGUGAAAUAGGGCCUAAUAGGGCUACAACAUGUGCCAAUAUAAAAACAAUAGUAAUUUAUGAUUUUUUAAAUAAUGUUUUAAAAUAAAUAAUUAUUUUUUUGUCACUUUUAUUAUUUCAUCACUGUAUGUAAGCUUUUAAAUGAUAUCGAACUAAACUGUUUCUCUUUUCCAGUGAAGAAGACAUGGAUGUCUUAUGGUAUGGUGGAGUAUGCACAAUGGGUCAAUUUUCAGCACCUUUAAAGUCAAAUCUCAUUUUAUUGCUCACAUACACAUUAUUUAGCAGAUGUUAUUGUGGGUGUAGUGAAAUGCUUUUUCAGGUCCAAAAGGACACUUCCUGACCACUUCUUCCAUGGGCAAACAUGUAUGGAACUUUUUGUAUAAAUCUAAAGGGAUUCUGUCAAAAAGUGGUUCAAUUCAAAUGUUUUUAUCGUUAAGGUAGUUCAUGCAAACUAGCCACUUGCAAAAGGCACUCCUUAAAAACAGCUUCCAUAAUUUCCAUUUUGCUAGCUACUAUUUAGUUGUUUUUUAAAACAGAGAAAGUAGUGAUGUUGACAGUGACAUAGUUCCUCUUUGCCAAAAGAGUCCUGCAUUGAAACUAGACCCUAGUCACUGUUGUACGAGACUAAACAUGCCAUAGUAAUCUGUCCUACUCACGGGCAGAAAAGGUAGACUCGCUUGUGAUCAGUGGUGGUGGGUAACUCAAGCUGAUCAUUUUCAAAAUGAUCUUUCUCAGAAGAAAUGGAAAAAUAUUAAAUGUUUUUCAUGAUUUAGCUGGUUUAUUUUGGACUGAGGUCAGUUUCAUAUUGUUGUAAUUAUUAUGAUUCAGUUUCAACCUACAGUCCUCUGAACCCUCUGUCUGUCUCUCCACCAUGUGAUGUCAUGCAGUUUCUUUGUAACCCCCCCUCUGAGUCUGGGGAUCUGGAGUGUGUGUGUGUGUGUGUGUGUGUGUGUGUGUGUGUGUGUGUGUGUGUGUGUGUGUGUGGAUAAAUGAAUGAGCAGAAUGAGGGAAAAAAAGUAUGCACACAUCAUACUAGUGGGCAUGUGAGAAAGUUAAUUUUUAGUGACGUAGAGGAUGAUCAUGGUGAUGAUUUAGUGCUGUCAUGACUACAUUGCAAUAACACUGUUGAUCUGCUGACUGAGAGAACCAUGUCAGAGGUCAGGAACAGGGCCGGCUACAGGCAAAGCGGUCACUUGGGUCAAGGUUUCCCCAACUUGGUCCUGCCCCCCCCCCUGGUUGCAUGUUUGGGUUUUUGCCAUAGCACUACACAGAUUUAAAUAAUCAAAGCUUGGUGAUGAGUUGGUGAUUUGAAUCAGCUGUAGUGCUAGGGGGAAAAACUAAACGUGCACUCAGGGAGGACCUCAGGACUGAGUUUAAGAAACUAUAUAUAUUUUUUAGGAACUCAGUCUUUUUCAACUUACUGUUACGAGAAUAAUAGAAUGCUCCAGGUGCAAACACGUUUCCUCUUGUUUUAUCAUCACUAGCUAGGUUUCCAUCCAAUUGGCGACAGAUUUUCAUAUAUUCUAAAAUCCACGUAAAAACAAUACACUGCAUUUUCCCACCAGAGAUGUGUUUCCAUGAAAUUGACUCUUUGCAGUUAAAAGGCUGUGCGUGAUGACAUAGUACACAUACAAAUACCUUUUGCGGUUAGAUUCCCAUGUACCGAAUACAAUUAAAAAAAUAUAGAAGUUCAAAGUGUUUCCAUCACAUUUCAACUCUACUGAAGGUUUUCUCACAACAUGUUGCUCUAUAUAGCGAGUGUGCUCACUCUGGUACUGACACGUGUGCUCUAGCCAACCGCUCGCCAAUACAUUGUUGGUAUAGCCUACAUCAGGGAUGGGUAACUCUAGUCCUCAGGGGCUGGACUGGUGUAAUUUUCCUCAUCUCUAGCCAACACAGCUGAUAAAACUAAUUCCAUUCUAAACUGAAGAUCAUGAUUAGUUAGUUAUUGGUGUCAGGUGUGUUAGCUGGGGCUGGGGAAAAAGUUUGACACCAAUCAGGCCCCAGAGAACUGGAGUUUCCCAUCCCUGGCCUACUUGAUGAGAUUAUUAUGGAUCAAAUUGUGGAUUAUUUGUAUUUGACAAAUGGCAGCCAAGCAUCGAUGAUCAUGUCACCAGAAUAAGACCCUCGAUUAUUUAUUGGAAAGGAGCAUCAAGCUCAUCACUGUGCAUGUUCACCACCCUGUGAAGUUCAUCAUAACUUAUUUCAUCUGUAGCCUAAUAAACUGUUUCCUGACGAGUUGUAGUGGGAGGACCACACAACAUGUCAUCGUGGGACUCCAAGUUUACUAAGAUAUGAUGCUUAUUAUAUUAAUAUUUGCACAUAAAAGGUUUAAACUGCAUAAUUAAUUUUUCCCAACACAAAAAGGUCCCACCAUAUCUAACAUAUUUGGUUUUGUAGGGCACGUGUGCCCAGGGGCCUUGACCUCCAGGGGGGCACCUCUGCUCAGAGUGUCUGCAGUUAUGUUUUUGUUGUUCACAUAGAACAGUUUUACCUCUGAUUUGCUUAGUUUAAAUACUCCAGGCCACAAGGUGGCACUAGCUUGUGUCGGUUGUACCUAAUGUAAGCUGACUAGCAAGCUGCGCUAAUGUUGUUACUAUUUGAAGUAAGCCCUACAAGUCUCACUUAGGGCCCAACCAAAUCUCGCUUUGGGCGCCCAAAAGGCUAGAGCCGACCCUGGUCAGGGAUGACAGAAUUUUUAAGGUCCUGGUCUCUCUGGCAGUACUGUAUGUAAGAUUACACUUGAUUUAUUGACGUUAACUCUGUCUGCUUUGAGUGUUACUGUGACUGACUGCUGAAGUUUUUUUUUGCAAGGUAGGAGUAGGGUGUUGGCCAAAAAUGUACUAGAAACAACUUUUGAAUUAAAAAAUAAAUAAAAUAAAAACAAGAUGAGUUUACAUUAAAGAUGAACUUGAAAUGGACAUGGCGUUCCUUACUCAAUACUCCCAGUAAUGCAACGCCAUUAACUAUUUUUGCCUUCUAAUCAAAGUUGAUAUCUUGAGCGUCAGUUAUCUGGCUUACUUAUUAAUCCUACUUUGUGAAACCCUACCCUGACCUUAGUCCUGUCUGUCUCUGUCUGACUGAGCCAGUUGCAGCGAAUGAACCUGCUCAUCUCUAUCUCAUUCUUCUUUUCAUGAGCAACAAUGAAAAGGGCUAAAACACAUUAUUCUGCAGUUCUGUCUGUCAGCCUGUUUUAUGUGUGUUUAUCUAACACUCAUCCACCACCAGGUAACUUGGUGUGAUUGUGGUUUAGAAUAUGAUGUUGAUAUAAUUUGCAUUGCAAUAGGUCAUGGUCUUUGAUGCUUUUAGAGAGGGAGAUAGAGAGAGAGAUUGUGCCACUUGUUCUGUGCUAUACCUCUCCCUCUUCUCUCCUUCCUCUCCUCUAUGCAACAUUCUCCUGCCUACAUUCAUGGUUUUAUUCAGUAAAACCCCCAAGUGCAGUAUUUAUGCAGUAGCUUACAAACAUACCUUUCCCCGCAUAGUCAGAUAAAGUCUCAGAGCGGUUUGCGGUACUGAAUAAAUAGCAGGUAGAUGUCUCCAUUUGACCGAGUAAUAUAUGUGUGUGCUGUAGGCAGUCAUGUUAACAGUCUCAGUUUACACAUCACAAAGGCAGGUUAGAUUUAAUAUGGUCUUCUGUCAUCAUCUCCCAUCUCUGUUUGUUUUGUAUCAAUGUAUAUUUUCCCAUGUGAAAAUUACUAUCAAUAUCAUGAACUCUAAGGCCCAGUUGGUUUCCCAGACAUAAGGCUGCUUCUGGACUAAAAAGCAAUGUGCAAUAGAGAAUCUCCAUUGAAAUCGGUUUUUGGGUCCAGGAAUAGCAUGCCGUCUGGCCAAAGGGCCCAUAUUAUGCCAAACUCCUGUCUUCAAACUGCUGUCUCCCUCUGCUGGUCAACAUGUGUAUCUAGUACUCCUGCUGUUUUUAUUUUGGACAUGGCCUGCCUGUCUAUCUGUAUGUCUGUCAUUGCUCAGCAUUUAAUCCUCAUCAGCCCUCAGUCUCAGUAGGAUAAAAUAAUUGAAUAUUGAGAAUAAAAAUACCCUGUAUGAUGACUAUUUGACAAAAAAAAUGAAUAGAUAAACAAUGUAUUUACUAUAAUCUGAGUAGACUGCUAUUUGGAACACUUUGUAAUUUCUAUCCAGAAAUAAAUGUUCAUACUGUUCA